UGACAGUAUUAUACGUCAAUCACAAUACAACCCUGUCCUUUCUCCUGCGAAAAUUGCACAUGGCUUGAAGUCUACGCAAGUGCACGACUCCAUUUCAUGACAAUUUCUUGCAUUUCAAGUGUUUAUUUUUAAUAGAUUUUUAUGUGGAAACGUACAUAAAACGGUAUUGAACGCAAAAAUGUGUACGUGUGCGCGCUAAAAUACGAGGAAAAGAGUGCGCGAAAAGCACGGCAGCUUUCAUUUAGUAGUAUUUCCAAAAAGUAAGUGUACGUCAUCAAAGUUUACUGUUUGACCAGACGUUGAGUGAACGUUCGAGGUGGAGAUAUAUGUAUGUAAUUAGAUACAAUUCUCACAAAGUGUGAGAGUAGUAAACAGUGUUGCUGUUGUGGAAUUUUAACAUUUUUGGUAAUAUGAAUGUAUAUAGUGCGCGGUAUUUUCCGUUCUUAAUUGUAAAUAAGUGUAAUAGUACCAAAUACUGAAAAAAAUAGAACGAAAUAGUUACACGGUUUCGCAUUUUGCCAUAAUGCAUAUUCAACGUUUAAUAAGAUAUCAAUUAAAAUAGUCAUGAAAAUUGUAAACAGAAAAAACAUGACAAAUAUUAAUUUAAUAUUAAAAUCCAAUAAGAAUUUUUUCAAAAAUUUAAAAUUGUACAGUUUUGAGUAUAGUGAGAAACUGUACUUUUGCUAUAAUUGUACGUUAUCUGAAUGGUACGAUGAUCUUUCCAAAAAUACAUGAGGCCUACCAGAUAGUCAUCGUACAAUAGUACGACAGCGAGGUCAACGAGAAAACAGUACUUUUUGUUAUACAAACGAGUACGAAUGCAGUAGUCGUUCAUUUUGUUGCAAAUUUACCUGCAAGGCGAUCAAUGCUAGGAGGAAAUGUGAAUAGGUGUGAAUGCAACAGUGUAAAAAUCCAAGUGGUAUAAAUGAAAACGAAAAUUUCUCUUUUGUUGUCAAGUGUUGGUAGCGAAACAUUAUAAGUAGAAAACAGUGCGACAGUCAGGCUGGCAGAUAGACGGUGGAAAAGACGUAUCUCACGUUUUUUUUUAAUUUGUGGUCGGUUGUCCCUCAGUUUGUGUGAUUAAUGGCUGCCGUAGACUAGAGUAUUCUCAUCGAGGAAGGUGCAACGUUGAAGUUGAAAUAAAGGCCACUUACAAAGUAAAACUGAAUAUAUAGUACAUAUAUAUAUUACCAACGCAUUCAUAACCCCCGAGAAAAGGCCAAAACAACUUUCGUUUGAUAACACGAAAAUUUCCAUUAGAAACUCGCCGUAAAAAAUUAACACUUGAAGUCUAGUGUGCAGCAAGAGCAAUUAAGAAAUUGUAGUAUCAAAGUAAAGUCAUCAAAAAGUCAGUGUAAAUAAACCACAUAACAACCAAAAUGUCUGGUGAGGAAACGUCCGCUGAUCGCAAUGUCGAAAUUUGGAAAAUCAAGAAGCUCAUAAAGAGUUUGGAAAUGGCACGCGGUAACGGUACAAGCAUGAUUUCAUUAAUCAUACCGCCAAAGGAUCAAAUCUCACGUGUCAGCAAAAUGUUGGCCGAUGAAUUCGGCACAGCGUCGAACAUUAAGUCACGUGUCAAUCGUUUGUCCGUCUUGGGCGCCAUUACAUCGGUACAACAUAGGCUUAAAUUAUACACCAAAGUGCCUCCAAAUGGUCUGGUCAUCUACUGCGGCACCAUUGUCACAGAAGAGGGCAAAGAGAAGAAGGUGAAUAUUGAUUUUGAACCCUUCAAGCCGAUCAAUACGUCGCUAUAUUUAUGCGAUAACAAGUUCCACACUGAAGCGUUGACCGCUUUACUGGCCGAUGAUAAUAAAUUCGGUUUCAUCGUGAUGGACGGUAAUGGCGCUCUCUUUGGUACACUACAAGGUAAUACACGUGAAGUACUGCACAAAUUCACUGUCGAUCUGCCGAAGAAGCACGGGCGUGGUGGUCAGUCAGCGUUGCGUUUCGCACGUCUGCGUAUGGAGAAACGUCACAAUUAUGUGCGUAAAGUGGCCGAAGUUGCUACGCAAUUGUUCAUAACAAAUGAUAAACCGAAUAUUGCGGGCUUAAUUUUGGCCGGUAGUGCGGACUUUAAGACAGAGUUGAGUCAAUCCGAUAUGUUCGAUCCUAGACUGCAAUCCAAGGUUAUCAAGCUGGUGGAUGUCUCAUAUGGCGGUGAGAAUGGUUUUAAUCAAGCGAUAGAACUGGCGGCCGAGUCAUUGCAGAAUGUCAAAUUCAUACAAGAGAAGAAACUCAUUGGUCGUUACUUUGAUGAAAUUUCUCAGGACACGGGCAAAUAUUGUUUUGGUGUAGAGGAUACCUUGCGCGCCUUGGAAUUGGGUUCCGUUGAGACUUUAAUCUGUUGGGAAAAUUUAGAUAUACAACGUUAUGUGUUGAAGAAUCAUGCGAACUCGACGUCGAAUACAGUAUUGCAUUUGACGCCCGAACAAGAGAAGGACAAGUCACAUUUCACCGACAAGGAAAGUGGCGUAGAAAUGGAAUUAAUCGAGUCUCAACCGCUGCUCGAAUGGUUGGCGAACAACUACAAAAUGUUCGGUGCUACACUUGAGAUUAUUACGGACAAAUCUCAAGAGGGCAGUCAGUUUGUGCGCGGUUUCGGUGGCAUUGGUGGUAUUUUACGCUACAAAGUGGACUUCCAGAGUAUGCAACUCGAAGAUGAUGAGAAUGAUUACUACGACAUAGAUGACUAUUAGACAAUUAAUGUUUUUUGUUUUUUUUUUAUACUUAAAAAAAAAUUUUCUUCCAUUUGCAAAAAUAAUGAAAAAUAUAUUUAAAUCAAAAAGAACAAUCUAUUAAAAAAAACACCCACUUCCAAUACAAGCGUAACUCUGCUGACAUCACAAAGUGAAACAGCGUGCGAAUAUUCAUCGAAUUGUUGAUGUCAAAAGAUAAUUGUUAAAAAUCAUCGAAAAAAUAGUUGUAUAUAUAUAUAUAUAUGUAUGUAUGUAACUAAGAAGAAACACAUAAAAAAAAUUCCCUAAUCCAGAAGACUCAUAGCAAGCAAUACCUCAAAUGGAAGUAGCGUGUCGUAUAAUGCCAGCAAAGCGGUAAAACAAUAUAGUAGCGUACAACCAACUGGGAUCAUUAUUUUAACAGCACUACCGCGCAUGAACCGGGACCAACAACAACAGCAAUUGUGGUAAAAGUCGAAAAGUUUCGUCGGCGCAUUUGCAUAUGUGCAUACGUUUAUACCACUGUAUUUGGUUUAUAACUGGCGUGCGCCCUGUCGUCGUUGAAACAGUUCAUUGUGCAUCAAACACACACACACACGAAACUACAUCGUGCUUCGUCUACCUGUCUGUCUGUUACUGCCUGCAAAGCAGACGUCACGUUUUCGACGUCAGCAAAGCAUUUUUCGCGUCUAACAGCAUUUUUUGGAUUCUACGCAAAUAAAUUAGAAACAAAAAAAUAUAUAUUUAACAAUUUCAUUUGCGAAGAAAAUAAUUUUGUUAAUUUAAAAAGAAAACUGAUGUAAUUUAUAUACACAUAUACAACAAUAUAGAAAUAUACAGAAUUAGAAAAGGCAAAAAAAAAAACAUGUAAAAUAAAAAGAACUGCUACCAAUAACAUCAAAAUAUAUGAGGAACCACGAAAUAAACAAGAAUUUAACGGCUAAUAAAGUUAAAAACAAAGCAAAAAAGCUGUCAAGUUGCUGUUAAUUUA